AUCACCAAACUACAAAAUAAGGACUGUUUCUUGUAGUGUUCAAGUAUUUGAACUCAACAUGGCGAUCCAGAAACCAACAAGACGGUGAUCUCCAUCGGUAUUGAUUAGUAAAUUUAGUCUUUAGACUUUGUAAACGAAUGAUAGGAUCUCUGAAGCAUUACAUCCUUAGCUUUGUCUGCCAAAAAGGAUGAAAAAGCACAGUAGAUUUAUUCAGACUGGUGACGAAGGAUUAAGCACAAAACUUUAAUGUUGCCGAUGGAGAGUUCAUACCAAAUUAAAAGUUCGUGUUCAAAGGCAAAAGUAUAUCCGUUAGAAUUUUUAAAUAAUUACCCUGUUAGACGAGAGAGAAUUUUCUAGAAUUCUUCAACUUACGAUUAAAAUCAUUUGACCACAAACGAUAUUUAAUUUUUCGCGCGUGGAAAGCUAAAAGACCGUUCAACUAACGCAAACGAUAGAAAGGCACCCUCGUUAAAUGCAAAAUUUUUAUCCUACUUACUUCAGGGGUGUCGCUAAAAUCGACAGUUGCGCGUAUUACGUCAUUUACUAAGAACUCUUAGGCUUUUUCUUCGUAUUUGUUUACUUCCGGUUUUCUCGGAAAAGGUUUCUUCAUUGUCCUGCUCUUUCUCAGAAACAACGUUCUUGAACUAUGGGUAAAGUUUAUUUCGAUGCAAUAGCAUUAACUAUGAUGUAGGAGGUUCUUGACCCAACAGUCAUUGUAGAAGUGUCUCAAAGAACAUCUUUGAUAUGGCCUCUUGUCUAGUCUGCAUUGGGCGAAUAUUUUUCUUUGUCUUGGUAGGCCUCCAGGCCUAUUCGCUAGCUUCGUAUCCGGCCGAGUACAAAAACAAUGAUGGUCUCUAUGGACUAGUCGCCCUGUACGGUCCUGCAUUGGGUCUGUGGCUUUAUAUCAUGUGCGACGACAAAAAAUUACCAUGGUUAUUUGUUGUCUGGAUGUGCUAUGUCGUUAGUUUCGUAAUCUUCAUCGGGAUCAUAUUUGGAGGCGACAAACCGAUAGAAGAUAAACUCGACAAAGCGAAAUUCUUCGGUCCAAAUAAUCUUAAAAUGACACUUUGCCUUGCCCCGGUGAUUCUGUUGUUGCUUUUGAGUACUGGAACAGAUUCCAGCAGGUACAGAGAAGAAAUCUGGCAGAUAUCCCUUCGAAUGGCUUUGGAUCUCUUCGAUGGAGUUGAAAUGCUGGAAGUUAUCAUCGAAGAAAACGAAGUCAGCCACGGCGUUCCAAAGCCCUUUGAAAAAGCCAUUCUUGCUUUUGUCUGUAUCAGUUUUAUCUUCUCUCCAUUGCAACUAAUUGAAAUAAAGUUAAGAAGUUCCGCUGGACGAUUUCGGCAUCGAUGUAGAGAGGGUUUGCGAACAGCCCUUCAGAUCAUCUGUGUUAAUUGCGUGUUUUUGGGGCUUCGCAUGUAUCUUUGGCGAGGCUACGGAAAAGAUGCCUCCAUUUUUAUCGCCAAAAAUGCUAUUGUAAUUUGCCUUGGCUUUUUCGAGGUAUGUUCAAUCUUUAGAUGUUGUGGUUGUGACGAUUAUUGAGCAUAAUUUUGAUGAAUCAGUUAGUAGAAUCGGUCAGCGAUCCGUGUAAACUUGACAAUCAAUCUGGGAGAACCAUGAAUAAAUUUGCAACAAUAAUCAUGAGCGCUAGCGUUUACAAAUGCAGAAAGCUGUCAAGAAUUUCAAUUUCUCUUAUACUUUCAAUGAUUUCAAUUACUCUUAUACUCUCGUCCUAACUUCAGUCUUGGAUUUAGAUCGACAACUUGUCUCGUUUUUUAAUUAAAUGUGUCUUUAUCCUCUUUCUUGUAGUGUUUCUCAGUUGUGCUGCUCCUCAAGGCUCAGUUCUUAGCCCCAUUAUUGUUUCUCUUGUAUAUUAAUGACAUUAGUAACUGCCUCAAAAUACUAGACUGUCUUUUAUUUUCAAAUGAUGCCAAUCUGUUUUAUAAGCAUAAAAAUCUAAAAGUGCUUGAAUCCAUUUUGGAUGAUGAAUUAGUUAAUAUCCAUACCUGGUUGAGUGCUAACAAACUGUCACUCAGCAUUGAUAAAUCUAAUUUUAUCAUUUCUCACCCUCCACAAAGAAAAUUGCCCUUUAAUGUCACACUCCGUCUUAAAUGGCAUAAACUUAAACCAAGAGUGCUUAAUAACGUAUCUAGUUCUUAUAAUAGAUUCAUGGAAAAGCCCUGUAAGCUACAUCGCUUAAAAGAUGAAGCGAAAUAUUGGUAUUUUUUCUAAACUUCAUUAUUAUGUGCAUUUAGACAUUCUGCUCAACCUAUAUUAUGACGUGGUUUAUCCCUUCCUGACCUAUGGUUUAAUUUCUUGGAGUAACACCUUUUCUUCCACUAUUCAGCUUUUGUUCAUUUUACAACAGAGAGCAAUUCGAAUCAUGACAUUUUCUAAAUUUUGUGAACAUUCUAGUCCUUUAAGCGUCUAAAUAUUUUUAAGCUGCCUGAUCUUGUCUCUCUUUACAUUGCAAUCUUUAGGUGCAAAUUUCACAACAGACAUCUACCAUCUGUUUUUGUUACCUUCCUUACACAAGUCAAUAAAAGACACAACUACAAUACCAGAAGUGCUUUGAAUAUGCUCUACACUUUAUCUAAAGUAAGAACAAAUUAUGGCAUAUUCAACAUAAGAUUUAAGGGUCCUAAAGCAUGGAACUCUAUAAGUGAAAACUCUAAAUUCUUUUCUCUUUCAAAAUUUAGGAAUCAGUCAAAUGUGAUCUCGUUAGUGAUUAUUAAAUGUAUGUAUUCAUAUUAUCUUAGAUUGCAGUUGUGUAUUUUCCCAAGUUAUCUGGUUGAUUUUCUUUCGUUAAAUUCUGUCUACCUUUCUAAUCCUUGAUAUAAGUUGUUUUAUAGCUAAAUAUAAUAUGUAUAUAAUGUUAUAAUGUU